AUGGCUAAAGAUGCCUUGGAAUUGCUUGAUCAUUUGGGUUGGUCUCAGUGUCACGUAGUGGGUGUCUCCAUGGGUGGAAUGAUUGCAUUAGAGUUCGCUUUAUUAGCAAACCGUAGAAUUCUUUCACUCACUCUCAUGGCAACACAUGCUGGUGGUUUGAUCGGUCGAACACCAUUGAUUGGUAUUCGUCACAUGAUUCGAUCGCUUACAUUACGCGACGAAGAUCAACUUGUGAAAAAUGUUCUUGAUAUGCUCUACGGUCGAAAGACACUAAGCGAUCCUGACAAACGACAGUAUUUCUACGAUUAUCAUCGUGAACAAUUUAAGAUUUGUGUUCCCCUGCCGCUGAUCGGUAGUUUUGGUCAAAUGCUUGCCGUUCAACGACACUACAUAAGCUAUGCUGAUCUAUUAAAAAUUCGCUAUUCAAAUUUUCCUUGUUUGAUUAUGGUGGGCACUGAAGACCGGCUCGUACGCGAGAGUAAUUCUUACAUGCUGCAACGAACACUUGGCUGUCGACUUGUCAAACUCGAACAUGCAGGACACGACUUAGGAGGCGAAUGUGCUCAGCAAGUCAAUCAAGAACUAUUGAGUGAGUAG